CUCUCUUCACCCAUCUCUUUCAUUUUCUCUCUCUCUCUCUCUCCCUUUCUCAUUAUAUUCUUGUUAUUCAUCUAUUGGUACGAUUUUGUUUCCUAUUUCUGUAACACCGUCUUCUUCCUCUCUUUGAAAUUCUCUCUCUGCGCUCUCUCUUUCAUUGCCUCUUCUUCUUCAUCUUGAAACCCAUCAUGAAUCCCACACGCCCACUUUCUUCAAACCCUCCUAAAACGAUCACAAGCUAAUCGUUCGUCGCUCAACAUCAAAUUCCCAGAGAAAAAAACAAAGAUUCCACCUUUAAUUGAAAAAGCUCCCUUCUCCGCUUCAAAAUCAUAAAUUCUCCGAACCCAAAUCCCCUCAACCCUCAAAAACCAAGGAAAAUAAUCACUACCCAUCGCCGUACUCGCCAAAAAGAUGACGUCUUUACACUUCCUCAUCGCUUUCGUCUUGGUCCUAAUCCCCCAAACCCCUGCACAAAACCUCUCCCCUUCUCAAACCAAAACCCUAAUCCGCCUCCGGCACAUGCUAAACAGCCCCCCUGCCCUUUCCCCGUUGAGCAAUGCGACCAAUUUCUGCUACCUUCCGCCUUCUCAAUCUCUCUCCGUUUCUUGUUUGGGCAACAGGAUCACUGAGCUCAGGAUCACUGGCACCAGCUCAGUUCCUUUACCUCCUCCCUUCUCUGUUGAUUCUUUCUUCACUACACUCACCAGGCUCCCAAGCCUAACCUCCCUCUCCCUCGUCAAUCUCGGGAUCUGUGGCCCGCUGCCCGCGAAGGUCAAUCGCCUUUCCGCCAUGAAGAAUCUUGUUCUCAGCGGAAAUUUCUUCAAUGGAACAGUUCCUGAUCUCAAAAAGUUGACAUCUCUCACUGAACUUGACUUGAGUAACAACUCUUUCAGUGGUAGUGUCCCUACUGCGCUUGCUUCAUUGGGUAAGCUCGAGAAGCUAGAUUUGUCGAAGAAUCAGCUCAAGGGUAACAUCCCACCGUUUUUAUUCUCUCUAAGAUCGGUUCAGUACUUGGAUUUGUCUAAAAAUAGGUUCAGUGGAGCUCUGCCUCCAAAAUUAUCUUGUGGGGAUAAGCUUGAGUACGUCGAUAUUUCGAGAAAUCUUUUGGUGGGCGGAUUGCCUUCUUGCCUGGUAUCGAAUUCUUCAUCACGGGUAGUUUUGGAUUCUUGGAAUUGCAUGAAAUCGAUGGGUUCGAAGUCUCAACACCCGAGUUCUUAUUGCAGUAGAGACCCAUUGGCUGCAAUUCUUCCUCCUUCGAGGGAGAAGGUUGAGGGGUCUAAGAGCAAUUUAGGCCUUAUAUUGGGUAUUAUUGGUGGAGUCAUUGGAAGUGCAGCAAUUUUAGCUUUGUUAGUGUUCUUGGUGUUUAAGAAGGUAAGAUCAGAGGAUGAAGAGAAUGUGAAAUUAGUAAAAUUACCCAAACCCGUAGCAAAAACAUCAGUUCAUGUCUCUCCAAGAACACCCGCAGACACAAGGCACAUGUCUCAGGCAGUAAGGAUAGGUACACUUGGGCUGACCCCUUAUCGGGUUUUCACCAUGGAGGAGAUUGAAGAAGCAACAAAUGGAUUUGAGACGUUGAAUUUGAUCUCUGAUGGUGCUCAAGGACAGAUGUAUAAAGGCUGGCUCCGCGAGGGAUCCAGAGUGGUAGUGAGAUGCUUGAAGUUAAAACAGAGGCUAUCACCACAGAGUCUGACUCAAUACACAGACAUAAUUUCAAAACUCAGGCAUGUUAAUUUGGUGAGCAUCCUUGGACAUUGCAUUCAUAGUGGCCAAGACGGUGCAAAUGAAACCAUCUUCCUUGUUUUUGAGUACGUCUCAAAUGGAACAUUAAGGAGUCAUCUCACAGAGUGGCGAAAGCGAGAGAUGCUGAAAUGGCCACAACGAGUAUCAGCUGUUAUUGGGGUCGCAAGGGGCAUUCAGUUCUUGCAUACAGUAACAGUACCUGGUAUUGUUGGAAAUGAUCUUGGAAUUGAAAAUAUUCUUUUGGAUGAAACUCUGACAGCAAAAAUAUGCAACUAUAAUCUUCCCAUGAUAUCAAAGAAUAAUAAGAUAGGUUCAGCAAGCCCUUUCAGUGCGUUGGGAGAGAAUGAUUGUGGAAGUAUACAUGGUUUAGAGCAUGGUGAGAAAGAAGAUGUUUAUCAGCUUGGCCUGAUCCUCUUAGAAAUAAUCACGGGCAAACCUCCCGGGUCCCAGCGUGAAUUGGAAGCUCUGAAAGUUGAGCUCCAAGAUUGCUUAUCCCAUGUUCCCGCAAAGCUGCGGGAGAUCACUGAUCCCACAAUCCGAGGAACAUUUGCAUUCGACUCGUUGCAGACAUUAGUCGGCGUUGCCCUUAACUGUGUGGCAAAAGAUCACAAGGAGCGGCCAUCGAUAGACGAUGUACUUUGGAAUCUGCAGUAUUCAGUUCAAGUUCAAGAUGGUUGGACUAGCAGUGAUGGCCUCACGAUCAAUUGAUAACAUAACAGAUCUCCAAGGGUUUUGUAUUUGUUGUGAUGUUGAGUAUUUUGAGCUGGUUCUACAGUUCCUACUGCCAUUUUAAGAUGAUGGCAGUACUUUGUAUAUUUUGUAUGUCAUAUGCUCAUGAAGCUAAUCAAGUAAACAGUUUGAAAAGGAUUUCAACUAA